AUGUGGGGUCGGGAUAGUGUACGACAGUGCGAGGGGCAUCGCGUAAUCAAGAGCUACUCCAGAGUAUCCAUAACCGGCUUCAACAGCAGACACUCUCGCACUUCUGAUCGUGAUCGCAUGUAUACAGUACAGUCAGAACGACUAUAG